CAACAUCUAAAGAGCCCGAUUGAAUCACUGGCACGGUUUCCCGUGACAACGGUAUUCAAAAUUCAAAUGAUGAUGAGCCACAAUUCUUGACUUGACAAGUGUAAUUACUUUUUAGCACUCAUCCCUUUUUUCCUUUAUGAUAAAUGAAAUCCCGCAUUUCAAAAAAAGCAAUUUCACUUCACCGAGGUUAUAUUUGUCUUAUAUUUACAUUUGUUUUUGUGAUCUGAAACAUACAAUUUUGGAAACUAUGUAAAACAAAAAAAGGAAGAAUUUUUGAAAAGGGCCGCUAUUUUUUCACGGUAUCCUUCGGCAGACGUUUUGGCCAUCUCUUCCGGCAUUCCCGCAACCCUUGUGAGGAUAAACUGCUCAAACGAUGGAUGGAUGGAUGGAAAGUUUCAUUCUAUCUCAAGCCACAAUACAAUAUAUAAUAAUAAUAGUUCACCGUCAUGUCAAAUUUUGAAUAGCAUUGGCACGAAGAAAAUGAAACGUAAUUGUUAUAUGUCAUGAGAUAGAUCCAUGAUCUGGACUGCUUAUCCUUACAAGGGUCGUGGGCUUGUCAUAAAAUAUAUAUGUAAAUUGGUGCUAAAGGUGUGACUGAAAUGACAAUAACAAUUCUUUAUAGUAUUGCAUUCAUGACUCCAAGUAUUGGGACUUAAUUCCUGAUAUGGGUUCCAUGGGUUGUUUUCAUUGACGUCACAUUUUUUGCCGAAUUACCCAUACACCACUGCGUGCCGCCAUUUAACCUCUCUACCUAACGCGUACCCAGUGUGUAAGUCUACGGAAUACUCUCGGUUACUGUUUCUGUUUUUGUUUCACGGGCGUCUCGGGACUCAAGUACACAAGAGAGGACUUGCUAACCAUCAGAGAGCCUUCUUCUGACUUUACUUAGACAAGUCUCGCCAAUUUGCUGAAGCUUUUUCCGGAGUUACUCGUCGGGCCACUCUUCAAAGUCUCGCGAUCUGGUACACAAAGUCCGGCUGCGUAAGCGGGGACAUCGUCUCACGCUUCCGACAAACGACCUUGGACGUUCUGCGGCUCUGUGCUUCACGGAGACUUGACUUUGUGGACGAUUGCCCGACGCCGCUAUCUUGCAGCCUGGCUUCAACCUCCAUUGUGCAGAUGUGUCGACGAGCGAAGCUAACAAGCUUAAUCGAUACUCUUUUUCAGAAGGCCAACAUGACAACAUCAGUGGAAAUCUUCAUCCGGAGCGGGAGAAGUUUGUGUCUUCUCAAAUCAAAGAGCAAGAGGGGCAUGAAGAGGUAGAGCCCAUCAAAGAGGAGCGAGAAGAGUUUCUACAGAUGAAAGAGGAAGAGCAGGAGGAAAUCAUCAAGGUUCCAUCGAUUGGUGUCCAUUUGAAGAGUGAAGAUGAAGGUCAAAAUGGGGGAAGCAGAGGGGCGGAGCCUCCAAGCAGCAGCUCAAGUCAACACAUGACAACAAACGGUGAUGGAGACCACCGCGGAGGAUCGCAAGCCGACGGACUCUUCGCUCCACUAUCAGAAAGUGAUGACAUGAUGUCACAUCCUUCCCGCAGUAAGGAUGACAAAGAUGAACUUUUGGAAGGUGAUAUAGCACGUGACAACUCCCAAAAAAGCUUGAAAUGUUCCCAAUGUAGGAAAACGUUUACUUCUGAGACCACUUUCAAACAACACAUGAACAUGCACACGGGCGUGAGAGAUUUUCCCUGCUCAGUUUGUGGUCAACGAUUAUCCCGGAAGGAAAGCUUAGUCAGUCACAUAAGAACGCACACCGGUGAGAAACCUUUUUCCUGCACAGUUUGUGGGCAAAGUUUUGCCUAUAAUCGAAGCUUCAUUAGACAUACCAGAACCCACACAGGUGAGAAACCUUUUCCCUGCUCACUUUGCGGUAAACAAUUCCCUGAAAAGCAAAGCUUAAAAAGACACAUACGAACCCACACAGGUGAGAAACCUUUUUCCUGCGUAAUUUGUGGUCAAAGAUUCGCUGAUCACGGAAAUGUAAGAAAACACACGAGAACCCACACUGGUGAAAAGCCUUUUUCCUGCUCAGUUUGUGGCCAAAGUUUCCCUGUGAGGGGAAACUUAAUAAUACACAAAAGAACGCACACCGGAGAAAAACCUUAUUCCUGUUCAAUUUGUGGCCAAAAAUUCUCUGUGAAUCGGAGCUUAGUAAGACAUACAAGAACUCACACUGGUGAGAAACCUUUUUCCUGUUCAAUUUGUGGCAAACGAUUCGCCAUAAAUGUAAGGCUAAUAAGACAUACAAGAACCCACACAGGUGAGAAACCUUUUGCCUGCCCAGUUUGUGGUCAAAGAUUCUCUGUGAAGGAAAGAUUAAUAAGACACACGAGAACCCACACAGGCGAGAAACCUUUUACCUGCACAGUUUGUGGUCAAAGAUUCUCUAGAAAUGAAUAUUUGACAACGCACACAAGAACGCACACCGGAGAGAAACCUUUUUCCUGCUCAAUUUGUGGAAAAAGGUUCUCUAGUCAGUAUCUGGCCAACCGUCACAGGUGUGUUGAUUAGAAUGCCAAUGAUCCAUGAAAGUUUUUCCUGUCAUCUGAGCAGGCGUCAUCAGUUCAUGCACCAAGGAUGAUUGCAUUUAUUCUAUGGUACCUUCUUUAUGAGAGCCUGCAGGUGUACCUGGAGACUGUUUUAAUAAGAGCUUUGCAAAGACUUUAGCAAUUUAUGAGGACUAUCAGUGGCCCAAUAGAUACUUUUCAAUGACGUCACAUCGACCACGUGUUUGUUUUGGACGGCAAGAUCGUGUCUACGUAUCAUGGCUAGGAAGUGAUAAGCGACGAGGAGGCGUUCAGUGUUCCAACUCACCCAAUUUACCAGAUGCGUGGCAGAGAUUCAAGCAACACGCCGAACUCAUGUUCACAGGACCGCUUAAAACUGAGCUGAAGAGCAAAAGUGCAGAUUCCUCCCGCUGUGGUGUGGCGAAAAGGCCGGGAUACGUGGACACUGACCGGAGACGUUGCUAAAAACCUCACUACGAAAAAUUCUCUGAUUACCUCAUUCCGAAAACAAACCCCAUAUGUGCUAGAUGUAAGUUUCACGAGAAGGUGCAAGGUAACUGUGAGUCAUGUGAGCGCUUUGUGACCGAACUCAAGCUGUUGGUUAAAGACUGUAACGACACAAAACAGCGAUGAGAUGGUCAAGGACCGCAUAGUUUUUGCUACCAACUCACCGAGUGUGCGCGAAAAGUUACUCAGCCAAGGGCCAGCGCUCACGCUCGAAAAAAAGUAAUAACCCAGCAAAAGUAAAGGAUACCUAAAGUGUCCAAACCCUUUUUCUGUCUUUUCUUACAAGUACAAGCCACACAAUGAAAUAACAUGACGAAAAGGCCGCAAGACACUUAUAAGCAAGCCAAUAUUCACAAAAAGUCGUAUUGUAGUUUUGUCGUCCAGUGGACAUGGUAAACAAAAACGUGACGUCACGUGAAAAGUAUCUAUUGGUUGCAUGGACGACGACGCUGGAAAUGAUUUCGUGUUCUGUCUGGUUUUUCAUCAACUAUCUUAGCUGUUUCAGUACAGUAGAUAGUAAUAUUUACUCCUUAGCGUGCUAUGUCAUUUUAUAUUUCCUGAUCACGUACCGGGUUGGGCGGAUCACAUGAAGAAGUGGCCGGAGAUCAUGCCAAACGUCCCGGGUGUGUAGCGCGACAUCCCGAAUGACAAACAUACAAGUUGUCAAUAAAAGUUCCAUAAAAAUUGCAAAAGCCACCUCUUAUUAUGUAUGAUACUUCUACUUCAUAAAAACAGUGCAUGUCUAUGUGUUCUGAAAUGAUCCGCCUGCUAGGGUGCAAGCUGUUUACAUUUACAUCCACAUGAAAACUUUUAAAAAUACAAAUCAUACAUGCAUAUCAUUCAGUUACAUGUCUGUUGCUACUUUUAUCUCAUAAUUAUUGCAUAUUUAUCAAGUAUUUCCUGGGCAACACUAAAUGAUUGAGACUUCAGCAUUGGUGCAGUUUUCUCAGAACAAAGUCAUAUAUGACCUCACCCACCGUCGUCCAGCCCAGGCUGCUUUUUGUGCCUACAUGGCGCCCAUGUUGGGAAGGUCGUCGUUACCAUGAAGGCAAUGUCGCGAUGUUUUUUUUUUUUUUUUUUUACAUUUAGACCAGUGAAAACGACAGCUUUUAUGUAUUGUAGUAUUUGGCACUGCCUCCCUACACGUGUAUAUUUCAGUUCACUUAUAAUUCGAGAAAACACGGUGCAGUAAAUUGGAAAUAUUUUUUUGUAGUUUUGACUGCGUAUAUGCACACGAAAAGCAACGUCAGAAUUUGCAUUUUGUUUUUGUAAAU